UUGACAGGACGAGGCGAGGUCGAGAAGGGGGAAAAAAAACCUGAGGAGCGAGCGGACGCGGAAGAGGCAAAAAGUGGCUGGUGGAGGUUGCGCCAAAAGAAAGACGGAGAGUGUCCCACUUAUUGGAGCUGGAAGAGGAGCUUCUCUGGAAUUUUCAAACCCCGGGACUGGGGCAGUCAGAAACCUCCAGCUCCACACAUACCCCACCCAAGGUUGGGGGGUGGGGGGGGGGAAGCAAAGAGAGGGACCGGAGUUUGCAGCUUUGACCUACUUGCAGGUGGCCAAGCUUCGAGGUUCCCUCUUUGCUUCUGGGAGUGGUUUCCAAUAUCUGCUGCUCCUUCCCCCCCCGCCCCCACGAACUGUAGGAUUUCCCUGGAGCCUGAAGAAGCUGUGGGGUUGUUUGAGAGGGCUGCUGCGUUUAUUUGAUAAAAGGACCUUGUUAGCGUGCUUGGCAGCAAUCUGAGUCAGAGCUUCUGCAACUCGGCUGGCACAGGGUCAGAACACAUUGGUCCACGGUACCCGGCUUUGUCAAGUUGGAAGAGGACGGCAAUGGGGAGCCGCUGACCCUCGGAGUAACGAGGCUGGAUGGGACUGAACACCAAGCUAUGGAACAGACUUUUUGACUGCGUCCAAAUGUGCGAACAUGGGAUCCUCAAAAGAUCAAGCCUUGUGCAACCUCUAGAAGUGUCUUCAGUCUGUGGGUGCUAGAUUGUGUGGGUACUUGAAUGUCAGGCAGCCAUGAAUGGUGAUGAGAAGGUGUUUUCUCCUCCCCAAAAAGCAUCCACUUUGACGAGAAGCAGCAGCAAUGCCUCAUCAAAACCCACCCAUACACGUCAGAACUCCGAGAACUGGGAAGUGAUGGAGGAGCCACUUGGCAACAGCCACGCAUCUCUGGAUCUGGAGAGACAAGAGGGAUACCUGCUGAAGAAGAGGAAAUGGCCUCUGAAAGGCUGGCACAAGAGGUAUUUUAUCUUGGAAAGAGGCAUUCUCAAGUACGCCAAGACUCAGCAAGAUAUACUGAGAGGGAAGCUCCGUGGCUCAAUCAACAUUGGCCUCUCGGUAAUGUCCAUCAACAAGAAAUCCCAACGCAUUGACUUAGACGCAGAAGAGAACCUCUAUCAUCUAAAGGUGAAAUCUCAGGAGGUCUUCAGCACCUGGGUUUCCAAACUCUGCUAUCACCGACUGUUCCAGAAAGGUGACCCCAUUAAAGUUCCAUAUGGAGCAAACGGAUUUAACUUUUCCAUCCCUCCGACAGCAGAAUUCCUGUCAGCCAGUACUGUUUUACCUCUCUGCAACAAGGCACAGAAAAGAGACUCCUUCAGUGAGGAUAUCUUCAAAGACAAUGAUCAGCUUCCUUCAGUGCCUGUAAGUGGACAGGCGAUGUCGUUACCAUGGUUACAGCAGUCUGAAGAAUGGGAUCACUGUGCUAAAGAUCUCAGUGAAUGUCAGUCGAACCUGGGAGAGUUGAAUAAACUGCUGCAGAGGCUGGAGGUGGUGGACAGAGUUCACUCAGCACCCGUCAUCGGAGAUGCUCAGGGUUUCCUCACUGACAAACCGAAAAAGGAAAAACGCUCCUCCAAAAUAUGGUGCACCCAAAGUUUUGCAAAAGAUGAGACUAAGACCACCUCCGAUGUCAUACGUUCUGCAAAGUUGCAUGUCUCCACACCCAGUUUGCCUGACUGCCUGGACUGGAAAAGUGUCUCCGUUCCCAUGACCAUCAAAGAAGAUUAUUUUCAGCUACAGCAGGAUUUCUGUUCUGUAUCGCAGAAAGUUCAUUCGGGUUUGAAGUCCCUCUUCAACACCCUUGCGAUCGAGAGGGAGAAAUUGAAGCAGAUCUGGCGGGAGAAGGAACUGGAGACUACACCAACCAUUCAGAUUACGCACCUAAAGAACACCUUAUCUGAGGUCAUGUCUCAGAAUGCUGAUCUCCGAAAUCGUCUGCACCGAAUCCAGUGCCUGUCCAGCUUUACAGAUGUAGUGACUGAUCCACUGACUCCUGUCAAAGCUGAAGAGAUGCCUUGUAACAGGUCGCUGGCUCAACAGCUGUCCUUAGACAGCAAUGCAUCAUUGUCUGAGUCACACGUUGAGUUCUUUGAUGCUGAGGACGUGUUGCUGUCAGCGUGCUCUUCUGACAACGAGAUGUCGGAUGACGAUGAAUCCACCACCAGUGAAAUUACUAACAGCAACUCUGAGGAGAAUCUAGACACUGUGGAAGCAUCCAUUCAGGAACUGAUCGACGAUAAAACAAAAGACCCUACAAGCUGCAGGUCUGUGGAUGGGACACAACGCAGGGCGUGUCUCCCAGCUCCAGGCCCAAAUCUGAACAACGUCAGCCUAUGGAACAUCCUGAAGAACAACAUUGGGAAAGACUUGUCUAAGGUCUCAAUGCCAGUCCAGCUAAACGAACCACUGAACACACUACAGCGACUCUGUGAGGAGCUUGAAUUCAGUGAGCUGUUGGACACAGCUAGCAGGACGUCCGAUCCCUUUGAACGUAUGAUGUACAUCGCUGCCUUUGCUGUGUCAGGCUAUGCUUCAGCUUAUUACAGAGCGAGGAGCAAGCCAUUCAACCCUGUCCUCGGUGAAACGUAUGAAUGUAUAAGAGAAGAUAAGGGCUUCCAGUUUAUUGGAGAACAGGUAAGCCACCAUCCUCCUGUGUCUGUCUGUCACGCUGAAUCAGAAAACUUCCUCUUUUGGCAAGAUGUCAGGUGGAAGAAUAAGUUUUGGGGGAAGUCACUGGAGAUUGUGCCUGUUGGAAUGGUGAAUGUCAGCCUGCCAAGGUUUGGCGAUCACUAUCAGUGGAAUAAGAUCACCUCCUGCAUCCACAACAUCCUGAGUGGGCAGCGAUGGAUAGAACACUAUGGGGAAGUGACAAUCACCAGCAUAAAGAACAGUGUCUGUCAUUGCAGGUUGACAUUUUGUAAGACCAAAUACUGGAAUUCGAACGUGAAUGAGGUUCAGGGCUGUGUGAUGGAUCAGAGUGGAAGGGUCAUCCAUCAACUGUUUGGCAAAUGGCAUGAGGGGUUUUACUGUGGUGGGCCACAGUCAGCGAAAUGCAUUUGGAAACCACAUGCUAUACCUAAAGAUCACGAAAGUUAUUAUGGUUUCACCACAUUUGCACGAGAACUUAAUGAAUUGACUCCUGACCUUAAGCGCGUCCUGCCCUUGACUGACACACGCCUGCGGCCUGACCAGAGGUACCUGGAGGAGGGGAAUACUGAGGCAGCAGAAGUUCACAAGCAAAGAAUUGAGCAACUCCAGAGAGACAGGAGGAGGAUCAUGGAGGAGAACAACAUGACGUACUUGUCACGCUUCUUUACAAAAACAGUUGAUAGCAGUGGCAAAGAAUCCUGGGUGAGCAACGGAACCUACUGGGAGCUGAGGAAAGAUCCUGGAUUCUCGAAGCUGGACAAUCCGGUGCUGUGGUGAGAAUGUGGCUACAAGCUGUACAUCUGAGGCUUCUGCGCCUCUUUGUGCUUCUGCCCCAGAACCUGCUUCUCUGAAAUACCUCUCAGUAGGUGCCUUAAGUUUUGUAUGAAGAGAGCACAGUUGAGCAGGACACACUGUCUGAGGCAAAGAACAGUGUGCCAGGUGCGGAAAAUGUCCUCUUCCCACUCUAUAGCAAAGCAAGUGGAGUAGGUGUAUCUCCUCCAGUUAUCCCAAACAGUGCAUUAUUUAGAGAAACAAUGCAAGUUUGCUUGCAAUUGCUACGCAACACCUGUCUCAGUUGUGUCCUGUACACAUCUGUCCUUGUCUGAACACCAAUGACAUCUUUUUCUUUGAAAGCUCCACAUUUCAUAUUCCAUGUAAAGUAAUCUGAUGUUAUACCAAUUCUUCUUUUUAUGACUGAUAUUAGUUUCUAAGAAAAGCACAAACUUUUUUUGGAAGAGAGAACUUCAUAUUUAUUGCUGUUCUUGGAAGAGAAAUUUUCACUUUGCAAUUAAUGCCACUGCUUUGGAAGAUCUGAUUGGUUUACUCACUGCCUUUCAGAAGAUCUUUACUUGGAGACAGCACUCCCCCAUUUUUUUUCAUUGGGUUGAAGUCUAGUCUGGAAUGUGGAAACAGCUUUUGAUCUCACAAGAGGAGCUUUUACAGUCUCCCCACUCUCUUAAAGCUGACAAUACACUUGAACAUUUGGGCAGUGAACCUGCUUCCUCUUCCAACUCAUCCGCCAUCUCUGUAGACAGGCAAACUUCAAAUGGUGCACAAUACAACUUUCAAAGUGAGCCUUCAGCUGUUCAGUAUUGUAGUACUGUUUUAAAAGAUCACUUUUUGUUUCUGUCAGAAGAGGUUGCACUUUUAUGUGAAUGAAGGAAGACAUUGGAAAAUGUCAAA